UGUCCGCAUCAUUAAGCCCAAUAGAUUCCAUCACCAUCACUACCUCAUCAUCUCCAGGCAUUUCACAAGACGGAAUUGUCUGAACUACGUCCGCGAUGAGGAUCGCAGCCUCCACAGUGCUGCUCGGCGCGGCCUCUGCCGCCUCGUUCCAGCAGCAGGCCCAGCAUGUGCUCUCGGACGGCUUUGGGAAGGCCCAGGAGGCCAUGAAGCCCCUCUCGGACGCUCUCGCUGAUGCUGCUGGUCGCCCUAUCGAGAAUUUCGAGGAGGCUUUCUCCGGCAUGACCGCCGAGGCAAAGGCUCUCUGGGAGGAGAUCAAGCUGCUCGUUCCCGACAGCGCCUUCAAGAAUCCUUCGUGGUUCAGCAAGCCCAAGCCUCACCGCCGCCGCGAUGACUGGGACCAUGUCGUCAAGGGCGCCGAUGUCCAGAAGAUCUGGGUGCAGGAUGCCAACGGCGAGAGCCACCGCCAAGUUGGCGGCCGCAUUGAGGACUACAACCUUCGCGUCAAGACGGUCGACCCGUCCAAGCUUGGCGUCGAUUCGGUCAAGCAGUUCAGCGGCUACCUUGAUGAUGAGGCCAACGACAAGCACCUCUUCUACUGGUUCUUCGAGUCGCGCAAUGACCCCAAGAACGACCCGGUCGUCCUCUGGCUCAACGGCGGCCCAGGCUGCUCGUCCCUUACCGGCCUCUUUCUCGAGCUCGGUCCUUCCUCGAUCGACAAGAACCUGAAGGUCGUUAACAACGAGUUCAGCUGGAACAACAACGCCAGCGUCAUCUUCCUCGACCAGCCCGUCAAUGUCGGCUAUUCCUAUUCCGGCUCCUCCGUGAGCAAUACCAUUGCUGCUGGCAAGGAUGUCUACGCUCUCUUGACUCUCUUCUUCCAUCAAUUCCCCGAGUACGCGAAGCAGGACUUCCACAUCGCUGGCGAGUCCUAUGCUGGCCACUACAUUCCCGUUUUCGCGUCCGAGAUUCUGUCUCACAAGAACCGCAACAUCAACCUCAAGUCCAUCCUGAUUGGUAACGGCCUGACCGACGGGCUCACCCAGUACGAGUACUACCGGCCUAUGGCUUGCGGAGAGGGUGGCUAUCCCGCUGUCCUCAGCGAGUCUGAGUGCCGGAGCAUGGACAACGCCCUGCCGCGGUGCCAGUCGCUCAUCCGGAACUGCUACGACAGCGGCAGCGUCUGGAGCUGUGUCCCGGCCUCCAUCUACUGCAACAACGCCCUGAUUGGCCCUUACCAGCGCACCGGUCAGAAUGUCUACGAUAUCCGCGGCAAGUGCGAGGACAGCAGCAACCUUUGCUACAGCGCACUCGGUUAUAUCAGCGACUAUCUCAACCAGCAGUCCGUCAUGGAUGCCCUCGGUGUCGAGGUCUCGAGCUAUGAGAGCUGCAAUUUCGACAUCAACCGCAACUUCCUGUUCCAGGGCGAUUGGAUGCAGCCGUUCCAUCGCCUGGUGCCGAACAUUCUCAAGGAGAUCCCCGUCCUCAUCUAUGCCGGUGAUGCCGACUACAUUUGCAACUGGCUUGGCAACCGAGCUUGGACUGAGAAGCUCGAGUGGCCCGGCCAGAAGGCUUUCAACCAGGCCAAGGUCCAUGAUCUGAAGUUGGCUGGUGCUGAUGAGGAGUACGGCAAGGUGAAGGCCUCGGGCAAUUUCACCUUCAUGCAGAUCUACCAGGCCGGUCACAUGGUCCCCAUGGACCAGCCUGAGAAUUCGCUCGAUUUCCUGAACAGGUGGCUGAGCGGCGAAUGGUUUGCCAAGUAGCCAGCCGACGGGAGUUGUGAAUCCGUCGUCUGUACGUGAGGCGUGACGCGUAUUGAACGGCUACUCGUACAUGCUGUUGGCGGGUGGCUUUGAUCGGUAUUACUUUCCUGGAACUCGAACCUGCGAUGGAUGAUUAGACGGGCACGGAAGCGUUUAGAUAUGCUAGGAGUUUCCUUAGCGGAUACACCCCGAUCCCACCCAGAUUAGGUGGUUAGUGGCUUGUCUGUGAACCAUGCAGUCCCUCGUUUCGCUC